ACUCGAAUACGACAGCGUUUCAACUCUUUCAUUCUCCCUCGUUUCCGAAGCUUUCUUCUAGGGCUCGCAAUCGCAAACCCUAACCCUUCUGCAAUAGCGAAAAUCAUUCCCCAAAAAUGGCAAUUGCACGCACCGGAGUCUACGUCGACGACUAUUUGGAGUACGCCAGCACAUUGCCCGCUGAGCUUCAGAGGCUGCUUAACACCGUCCGAGAACUCGAUGAACGAUCCCAAUCUAUGAUAAACCAGACCAGGCAGCAGACAAAGUACUGUAUGGGGUUCUCAUCACAUGGCUCUAAGAAGGGUAAUCAUAGCUAUAAUCACAAUUACGCCAAUGAGGAUGAUGAUGCUGCCAUUGAGAAAAUGCUAAAAGAAAUCGAGGCAAAUCAGGAUAAUGCAUUGAGUCUAUGUACUGAGAAGGUUUUGUUGGCACGGCAAGCAUAUGACCUGAUAGAUAGCCAUGUAAAACGACUUGAUGAGGAUUUAAACAACUUUGCCGAAGAUUUAAAGCAAGAGGGAAAAAUACCACAAGAUGAACCAGCAAUUCUUCCCCCAUUGCCUAUAGUUCCUAAAACCGAAAAGCGCAGGCCCGUAUAUGGAACACCUCAAUCGAAGAGACCUGAUUACAGGGAUAGAGACUGGGAUCGGGAGCGUGAUAGGGACUUUGAGCUAAUGCCUCCACCAGGAAGCCAUAAAAAGGAGUAUGUAACCCCUAUGGAUGUUGAUCAACCCAUUGAUCCAAAUGAACCUACAUACUGCGUUUGUCAUCAGGUAUCUUUUGGAGAUAUGAUUGCUUGUGACAAUGAAAAUUGUCAAGGAGGUGAAUGGUUCCAUUAUUCGUGUGUUGGCCUAACACAAGAGACAAGGUUCAAGGGAAAGUGGUAUUGUCCGACAUGCAGAUUACUACCACAAUGUCAAUGAUGAAUCUUUGCACCAGUUAAACUGCAUUCAUAAAUAGUCAUUGUUGUUUAAAUAUCUUUUUCACCUUUUAGUAAAUGCAGAAUUUGGGGUUGUGUUUUAUGAUUUAUGGGGUAAGUUUGUUGCAAAUCCCCUUAUAACCCCUUUCCUCCCUCCCCCACCCUGCCCAGAAAAUACAUGUGGGGUUCGAAUUAUUUGUCUUCUAUUUUGCAUGCUUGGCCAUUUGUGUUAGGCGCGGAGGUCAAGUGAGUGCUCUAAAACUUGGGAGAGAUGGUUUUAGAUUUGAAUUUUGGAUAUAUGUGAAAUGCAAAAGUAUAGGCAUAUAUGCAUGGUUGUACAAGAUAUUUGUUUUGGAAGCAUCUUCCUAGGUGAGGGAGGAGACCAGAGAAGAUAUUAAUAUAAACUUAUAGUUAGUUUGU